CGCCGGGAUUAUCAUCUUCCCGGCAGCCGCACUAUCAGUCGCUGCGAUGGGUGUACCGCGAUCGGUUCGUUUGCUGCCAAUUCUCCCACUGGUUGCGGUGUGUUGCGGGCCUGUGUUGGGUGCUUUGAACUGUAGUCGUACGUACGACAGCAACGUCCAGUGUGGGCUGCCCGUCCUGCAUCCUUCGGCGCUGCCGAAGCAACCGUCCGAGGCGCUGCGGGGCGAGUUCCCGUGGCACGUUGCCAUCUACCAGAUCGAGUACCGCAUCCCGGUGUAUAGCUGUGGCGGUUCGCUGGUCAGCAAUCGGUACGUGCUGACGGCGGCACACUGCGUCGUGAACUCCAACAACGGGUACACCCUCAGCCCGGACAGCUUCCUGCUGCAGGUGGGCUACCACGAGCUGGGCCUGGUGGUGGAGGGCUGCUCGCAAGAGCGCGGUGUGAGGCGCGUUUACGUACAUCCGGAGUUCCGCACGGGGACGUAUAGGCAUGAUUUAGCGCUGCUGGAGCUCGAACGUCCCGUACGGUUUAACGACCGUGUGCUACCGGUGUGUCUCGACACGGAGGAGGACGAUCCGGUCUCGUUCUACCGUCAGAUCGGCAAAGUGCCCGGCUGGGGCUACACAGAGUUCGACGAGGUGUCCACCUGUCUGCGCAUGACGGAAGUGCCGACCGUCAACUAUACCCGCUGUCUGGCCAGCAACCCGGAGGUGUUCUCGAACACCAUCUACGACGGGAUGUUUUGCGCCGGGUACGCCAAUGGGACGAACGUGUGCAAUGGUGAUUCGGGCGGCGGGUUCGUAACGUUCCGGCAGGGACGCUGGGAGCUGCAGGGGAUCGUUUCGUUUACUGCGCUGCGUGACGCCGAAAUGGCCGUGUGUGAUACGAAGCAGUACGCGGCGUUUGUGAAGCUGCGGUACUACCGUGGCUGGAUUGGCAGCGUGCUGGAUGGGUCGUGGCAGUGGCCCAAGAGUGACAAGUUGGUACAGCUGGAUGGUGAUGGGCAGCCCGGGAUGCAGCCGGAGAUGCCUACCGAUUGUGGCAAGCGCAGGAUCACCACGAUGCCACUGAUCGUGAACGGGGUGCGCAGUGUGGCCGGUGAGUGGCCGUGGCAUGCGGCCGUCUUUGCGGUGUCGAAACGGUCGCGCGAGUACCGCUGCGGUGGGACGCUUGUCAGCCAGCGGUACAUCUUGACGGCGGCAAGCUGUGCGGCCGAUUGGCACCACCGGAAGCGCCCGUACGUCGUGCAGCUCGGCCAGCAUCAGCUGUGGGAAAGCUCACUCACCGGGCGGGAGGUACGCGUGCUGGGGGUGGAGAGUAGUGGCGAUAGUACGCUGGCGCUGCUGAAGCUCGAGGUGAGCGUGGAGUACGAUGACUACAUACAGCCGAUCUGUUUGCCAUCUGCGGUGCCUGCGCGCAAUCAAACCGAUGCCGUCGGUGAGCGGAUCGGGCUUAUUGCCGGGUACGGGCAGACCGAUCCGGACGGGGACCCAUCGGCGUACCUGCAGGCGGCCCUGAUGCCCAUCGUGGACAGUGGGCUGUGUGUGAUCUAUCGGAUCUUUGACAAGCACGAGGAGCACAGGAUGUUUUGUGCAGGGCACGGCAAUGGAACUAACGCCUGCCGGGGCGAUCAAGGCGGUGGCUUCUACGAGGUAUCACCGCAGGGCGUCUGGACACUUACCGGCGUCAUCGGCAAGAUCAAUCUCUACCGCAAGCGGUGCGAUCCGUACGGGUACGUAGGGCUGGCCAAUGUGCUGCACUAUCUCGAGUGGAUAGCGGACAGGGUGCGGAGUGCGCUGGCGGGAGCCGUACCGGACACGGUACAGCCACCGGCAGGGCCGAACGGGCAUCACUCCAAGGGAUGUCGACGUAAGCAUCAUCAUCGUCAUCAUGGAUCGCACAAGCGAAAGGGCGGUGGCUCGCGGGAAAGCGGAUCUAGCGAGGACAGUAACGAAAGCCGCGAACGCUCCAUCACCUCGUCGGUCAAGAACGUGAUGCAGGCGAAGGUGGACCUGGUGAAAGAUAUACACGGUGCGGCGGGUUCUACGGUUAAGAAAAUUUUCGGUUAAAUAAAACAAAAAGCUGCGUUCCUAUCCCACACUUUUUGGGUGCAGAUUCCCAAAAAAAACCUUAAACCCAAUUCUCCAAAACGGCUCUCGAAGAAUGGGGCUAUCACCACAGCAGGAAGAAAAUUGUGCAAAUUGUAAAGUCGCUUGCGCUUCCUUCUUUAAACAAACCGCAACUCCAGUGCAAAAUAAACAACAUGGGAGUCUCAACAAGCCCCCAAAACUGCCGGGAAUGAUGAUCUCCAGUAGGGGCCCAGGCCCUAGCCCCGGUACCGCAAUUAUGGGUCGUUAACUCGCGUUUCGUCAAGUGGGGAGGCUUUUGUUUUCGUUCCGUUCUGUUCGAGCGCACGGUGGAUGUUUUUUGGGGAGGGAGGCCCGCGUUUGAAGUGUUCCGGUGGUCUCACCAACCAACAAGUGCACGCGAUGUGUGUGUGUGUGUUGGUAAGUCCAACCGAUGUUUUUUUUCAGCUUCAUCCAGUUUAGGGGUAGCAGGUGGUUCCACACAAAUCGGACUGAAGCUUGUUACUCGGCAUGUCUCUGUAAAUUCUCUGCUUGCCAGCACUGGAUUUCUUGCGGCAAGAUUAUGCUUCAUUUUGAUGCAGCUUGUAAGCCACCAGAGCCCGUCCAUAACUAACGUAACGCAGAUGUUAAUACAAGAAUACAAUAAAGCUGUAAAAUUUAUUACAAGCUCCCUUACUAAUUCCUAGACCCUCUGUAUACUUCCCUGUUGUCAUGUUAUUCAGAUAUUUGCACUCGAUUGCCGGGACUCUGAAACAUCUCUUUUACACCGUAUUUUACGUGACGAAUAAUUUUAUAUUAUUUUUAUGAUUUAUGAUCAACCGAAUUAAUUCACUAUAACUGAUUAUUUUAAGCAAUAAAAAC